AUGGGUCACUCGCACGGUUUGAGAGCCGGUACUCGGUAUGCCUUCAGCCGUAACUUCAAGGAGAACGGCCAGAUUCGCCUGUCGACCUACCUGAAGACCUACCGGGUUGGCGACAUUGUCGAUAUCAAGGUCAACGGUGCCGUUCAGAAGGGUAUGCCCUACAAGGUCUACAACGGUAAGACCGGUGUCGUCUACAACGUGACCAAGUCCUCCGUCGGUGUCCUCCUCUACAAGGUCGUCCGCAACCGCUACCUCGAGAAGCGCAUCAACGUCCGCAUCGAGCACGUCAAGCACUCCCGCUCCCGUGAGGACUUCAUCAAGCGUGUCAAGGAGAACGCCCAGAAGAAGCGCCAGGCUAAGGAGCAGGGUGUCCACCUCCACCUGAAGCGUCAGCCCCUCAUGCCCCGUGAGGCUCACCUCGUCGAGGGUACCGCUGCCGAGACCAUCACCCCCAUCCCCUACGACACCCACAUCUAA